AUGCCAGCUCCAUACGAAAAAGGUUCCGAAAAGAAGGGUGCUAACUUAUUCAAAACUAGAUGUUUACAAUGUCACACCGUUGAAGAAGGUGGUCCACACAAGGUUGGUCCAAACUUACACGGUGUUGUCGGUAGAACCUCUGGUCAAGCCCAAGGUUUCUCAUACACUGAUGCUAACAAGAAGAAGGGUGUCGAAUGGAGUGAACAAAACUUGUCCGACUACUUGGAAAACCCAAAGAAAUAUAUCCCAGGUACCAAGAUGGCCUUUGGUGGUUUAAAGAAAGCCAAGGACAGAAACGACUUGAUUUCUUACUUGGUCAAGGCUACCAAAUAA